CUCUUUGUUUGCGGAGGUAAUAAAAGUGUAAACUUCCGGUGGCGGUAUGUGUUGAUUUGUUUUGGGUAUCAGUUGAAUAGAAAGGUUACAGAAGAAAGAUAACAACCAUGGCAGCAACCCGAGAGAAAAGGAGCAAUGCUGGUGCUAAGAUGGCUCGUCUCCUUGAUGACGAGGAGGAAGAUGACUUCUAUAAGACAACAUAUGGGGGCUUUACAGAGGAAGUUGAAGACAAUGAUUACCAGUCUGAGAAUUCUGAAUCGGAGGCAACAGACUCUGACAUAGACAUUGAUGAAGAUGACGAAGCCCGCAGCGAUUUGGACGAUGAUGAACCUCUGCGUAAGAAGAGGGGCGUGGAUACCAAAGCUUAUAAGGAGCCUGUGAAGAAAGACGCCUCGGAGAGGAAACCGGCAGAGAGAAAGAAACACAAGGCCAAGUCUGAGAUUUCUUCUGUCCAGAUCUACUCCUCAAACGAGAGGAAGUCGCUGCGCCAUUCGACUGCUGUCAAGUCCCAGGCGACCGCCAAGCGAGAGCAAGAGCGGGAGCAGAAGAACAAGAUGAUGAAGGAGAUUGCCGCCAAGAAGAAUGUGACGUCCGUCAGGCGCCUCACACAGGACGAACUUCUGGCUGAGGCCAAGAUCACAGAACAGCUGAACCUCAAGAGCCUGGAAACCUACGAACGUCUGGAAUCCGAGAAGAAGAAAGUGCGGGUUACGAAGCAGGCGUACCGAGGUCCGAUCAUCCGCUACCAGUCACUAGCCAUGCCUGUUGUGGAGGAGGUCGUCACGGAGCCGGACAUCAAUGUUGAUGAAGACAGUUCGGAUGCUCACAGGAAGACGGAUGUUGUUAGGACAGGGGAGCGAUGUGAACGGACAUUUAUUACGUUCACAGAUGAAGGCACAUACAAGGAUGUUUUCCCCCAGAAGAGGUCAAGGCCACCUGCCAAACAGCUCUGUCCAAUCACACGCCAGCCUGCUAAGUAUUAUGAUCCAAUCACACAGACCCCCUACUCUACACUCCAGGCAUUCCGGUGUAUACGAGACGCGUAUUCCCAGCAGUUGGAGGGACAGAGAGCUCUUCAACAGAAGAAGAGAGAAAAGACCCCCGUGCCAUCAACAUCGCAGACAGUGACCGUGACUUCUUAGUUGUGCGAGUGGGAUUGUGCACAUCCUCGAUUAUCCAGGGUAGCCAUGGACUCACACACCUCCAUUGUUUCAUUUAGAGUCUGAUUCGAAAUGACAUACCGUAUUCGACGUAAUAAGCGCCCGGGGCGCUCUCAAAAGUAGAAAUAGGGGGCUCUUAUUAGAAUAAAAUUUUGGUGAGAAAAUAAUUUGAGUUGAAAGAUUGUAAAUUUCGUAGAUU